GCUGGAGUUGGUUUCCAUCCACUCACUUCCGGAUCCGGUCUGCCCAGGGUGCGACCUUCCGGAAGUGAUUGUUACUUCUGUCGCCAGGGAGAGCGGAUAAGGCCGCGGGAUCGGAGCUGGGGACCUGCGGCCGUGUGAGUAAUCCACUGAGAGACCCACUGAGUGACCGACUGCCGGGCCUAGUGAUCCCCGCCGGGCCUCCCAGCCUCUGUCAUUGAUAUAAUGUGUAAUAAUGAGUGCCUGGCCCGGCACAGCGCUGUGUAAUGUAUUCAGUGUCAGACAUGACACCCGGCCCCGGGCUGGACAUUGCGGGGGGCCGUGUCUCUGGCUGGCUGUCAGUCACAGGACAUGUAGACCGUCACCCAUUAGACAGCUAUCCAGCUUCCCAUUGAAAUAUUGAGAAUAAACCCCCUCCCCCUUGGGGUCACUGAGACCUAUUGUUUAACCCCUUAAGGACCAAACUUCUGGAAUAAAAGGGAAUCAUGACAUGUCACACAUGUCAUGUGUGCUUAAGGGGUUAAAGGACCACUAUAGUGCCAGGAAAACAUACUAGUUUUCCUGGCACUAUAGUGCCCUGAGGGUGCCCCCCCCCCCCUCAGGGACCCCUUCCCGCCAGGCUCUGGGGAGAGGAAGGGGUUAAACUUACCUCUUUCUCCAGUGCCGGGCGGGGACCUCUCCUCCUCUUCGGCUGAAUGUGCAUUCGCGGCAGGAGCCGCGCGUGCAUUCAGCCAGUCCAUAGGAAAGCAUUCUCAAUGCUUUACUAUGGACGCAAGCAUCUUCUCACUGUGAAAAUCACAGUGAGAAGCGCGGAAGCCCUCUAGUAGCUGUCAAUGAGACAGCCACUAGAGGCUGGAUUAACCCUAUUAUAAACAUAGCAGUUUCUCUGAAACCGCUAUGUUUAUAGAAAAAAGGGUUAAUCCUAUCUGGACUUGGCACCCAGACCACUUCAUUAAGCUGAAGUGGUGUGGGUGCCUAUAGUGGUCCUUUAAGGGGUUAAUGGAACAGAAUCGUUAUAUAAGGACUGUGACUUUACCACACACAUUUCUAGGCUCUUAUAUUUAUGGAGAGCAUGUUGCCUUCUAUUGUUAUUAUUAUUUAUAAAGCGCCAACAAGUUCAGCAGUGCUGUACAAUAGGGGGUUGAGGGCCCUGCUCAGGGAGCUUUACAUGCUAGAGACAGUGGGGUAUGGUGAUACAAAGGGUAACGGUAGUGUAGAAAAGUGGGUUGCUAGAUACGUUUGUUAAUCUAAUAGGAAGGGAAGGCUGUUAUCAGCUUUCCUGAAGAAGUGAGUUUUUAAUUAUAUGGGUUUUUCUUUUUGUAAAUGUAACUGUGUAAAGCAAAAACAGAUUUGGUGUCACAUUUCUAGAAUUGGUUCCAUCCCUAUGGAAACCAAUGGAAGAGUUCUGGUGAUUGCUACUUUUUUCUUCUUUUUUAAACAGCUAGGUAUACAUAAUCCUCAGUAUGCAAAAUAAAUAUUUUAGCUGUACAUGUUGAGUAGUUAUUGUUAUGUAGUUGUGAAAUGAUGGCAUGUUACCCUAUUUCUUUGCAAAGAUGUGUCAUUAUACAGUGCUGUAGAUCAUAAUAUAAGUUGGCAGUGUUUCACUUUGUACAUGGAUGGCCAGUGUCAGGGAGCAACACGUGUACUGCAGUCAUGUUUAGUGUUGAAGUUAAUAUUGUUAACUCUGUUUGAAAGAAAAGUAAAACUGGAUAUGCAGCUUGUCUACUAGCACUACGAUGCGCACACGAAAGCCACUGAUCUAAUGAUUGACUGAUUUAGACGUCCCUCGGUUUCCGGGGUUUUUUUGCAGGGGAAGAGUGGUUCACACUGCACCCAGAGGUCUCACAUUUGAAGACAGCUUUAUUUGCAACUACUGUGUAUUCUCUUUACAGUUGCCCACAGCUAGAGUGCAGUGCGGUAACAUGAACCCACACACUCUCACCAGCCCUUGAAUAGUUAGAUUCACCUGUCACGUAGUCUGUCACAUACUCCCAACCUGUUACAUAAUGUCACAAGUCACAUACAUGCAGUUGGUACUCCUUUCAUAUGCAGCUACCAAGUCAACCACCCAGUCAUAUUAAAAGCCUGAUCCUCCUACCAUUCACAUAACUUUACCCACCCAGUCAUAUAACACCACGUACUCAACAACCUAUAUUUCUCCAUCAAUACAGUUAAAGGGAUACCCCAGCCCUAAAGCAGAGCUUGGCAAGUUUGCUUUGAAUCUAGGGACCAGUUUUUUUUGUUUGUUUGUUUUUUUUAGCUAACAAAGCUUAAAUUUUCAAUGACAAAAAUAAAUUUUUUAAAGGGAGACUAUUGUCACCUGAACCACUACAGCUUAAUGUAGUGGUUCUGGUGUCUAUAGCCUGUCCCUGCAGGCUUUCCAAUGUAAACACUGCCUUUUCCAAGAAACGGCAGUGUUUACAUUGCUUUCUAGUAACACCUCUAGUUACUCAGAUGGCCACUAGAGGGGAGUCCUACCACAGUGCAGAACCUACGUUCAGCGCCUCCUGAGUAGGGAGAUGCUAAUUAGUGCAGCAUUUUGCUGUGCAUGCACAAUACCAUCCCAAUGUUUUCCCAUGUGUAAAUCAAUUUAUGUCAACCCAGCUUCCCUACACUGGACCACAUGGAAAGGAUCCUACUCCGUACCUUUGGGAAGCUGGUGUGGAUCCUUUCCCUGGGGUCCAGUGUGACUACUGUCCUCUUGUUUCUCUUGCUGUUUAGUGAUGCCAGGGCUUGAGUGAUCUCAUAUUCCAACUCCAUGCAUCACGUGCGAUGCAGAAGAACAGGAAGUUCGCAGCUCCCUCGCUUUGCAACAGUUUCUGAUAUUUUGCCAUUUUCCCCAGGUUUUUUAACUUUAGAUCUCAAGUUUAAACAGCAGGAGCUUGUUUGAGAGGGUCUUGUGACUUCGAUUAGGCCUUCCAGCACUCAUCUGCCUUGUGAUUUUGAUGUUUCCCAGUCGCCUAAAUCUGAGGAGUGGGUGGCUAUCCUGGUGGGAGAGAUGGCUGAUCAUCUUCCUGGGAGAAGCACAUUAAUACAUAGCAGUGCUCCUUAAGUCCUGGUGUACUCACACUGUGGAACAGUGUGGGUUAUCCAGGUUCCCAGCUUAAUGAAGUGGUCUGGAUGCCAGGUCCAGCUAGGUUUAAGUCUUUUUGCAGUAAACAUAGCAGUUUCAGAGAAACUGCUAUGGGUUAAUACAGCCAGCGUCCGUAGGAAAGCAUUGAGAAUGCUUUCCUAUGAGAUUGGCUGGCUGAAUGCGCAUUCAGCCGAUGACGGAAGAAGAGGUAGGAGAGUCCCAGUGCCGAGGGAGCCCGGCGCUGGAAAAAAGGUAAAGGAUUAACCCCUUCCUCCCCCUUCAGCGCCACGGGAGUGGGACUCAGGGCACUAUAAUGCCAGGAAAACAAGUUUGUUUUCCUGGCACUAUAGUGGUCCUUUAAGGCCUUUUAGCUUUCAUAUUUAUCCAGCAAUACAAUAAAAACAGUUAUAUAGCAUAUGAGCAAGACACAAGGAGUUGAGGUGGUGUGGGAACCUCAAAGUGCUUUUGAGAACAGUCUUGCAGAUUUUAACACAGUCUAGGUAAGAAUUCAGAGGGAAUGCUCAAACAUACCCGAGGAACACCUUACUUGUUUCUGCUUUAAUUUUGGUCUGAAGCAGAGUCAACCAGUGGCAUGGUCUUGUGAGAAGCUAUAUACCUUGUGCACCCUUAGCAGUUGUCGGUGGACAACACGUCUUCCACUCUCCGACUGGUAACCCAUCCACAAAAGAGCACUCAACCCCUUCAGUCUGUCCACUGAAAAUGCCUCCCAAGCAAGAAGGCACCCAUAAUACACAGAGGAUAUUCAAGAGAUACUUAGACUUCUUAAAUGGCCAGAUAAGACGGCACUAUCUGCUGGCUCCGGACCGAGCCUGCGUCUGUGUUGACAUCUCUAUGUUGCAGGGUAGCCUGGUAGGUGUGUGCACCCCUUACCUUUUCACUAUGCAUAUUAAGACAGGCACCCCCAGAAUUGGUAUGCGCUCAGGCGGCAUAGACUGUCUUUCCAGGUUGUAUGUUGUAUGUCAGGACAUUUGUUUUAAUUAUCAAGCCACCAUCAAUAUACACAAAACACUGUUUGUUUUGUGCUUGAAUUGUUCAUUGCAGAUUUAGAUUGUUUCACAUCUGUGUCUUGGCAGCGGUGCUAUUUUUCAUUAUUUUAUUACCUUUUUAUUGUUUCUGUUCCUAUAAGUGACUAUAAACUUGCAAGAUUUAUUAUAUAAAAAAACUGUGGUUGACACUCUUUUCUAUAAGAGAAUAUAACGUCUGACACUUACUGACAUCCUUGCUAAUGUUCCCACAUAUCAAAAAUAAAGAGAUUUAAAACAAAACCCAAGUAGUGUAAACAUGGAAAUGCAAAUAGAGGAGACUAUAAGGUACCCUGUGCGCAGCACAUAAUCAUAUAUUUGAGUAUGGUCCAAAUGUUUACAUUUAAUUUAUUUGUGUCUGUUAGGAGUUAACCAACUGUCUCAUCUACAGUUCUGUUUCCUGCACAGAUUCUAACAUUUCUAAUGCAUUAUGGAAGAUUCAUUCCUCUUUUUAAUUUUUUUUUUUUUUUUUCUCCUUUCAGAUUCUUUUAUUGAGAUUUGUCCUGCAGAAUAAAUUAGUCAUCAAGUAUGGGUAAGUUUUUUUUAUUUAUUUUACUCUCAGUGAUCAUCUUGGGAAACAAGUGAGAUAUUUGGCAUUUAUGUGAAGUCCACUAGACAAGGAUAGUACAAUCUCAGCUUGUCAGUUGCAUGCAUCACCCAAUACAUUUGGUUGAGUGGAUCGGCUUAUUUGGGAAAGGCAAACUACAAGGGGCUAAUUUACUAAAAAUAACUCUACUUCAGAGCUGAUAACAGAAGCUAAAAUAUCUGAAGCAUAUCAGAUUUAAAAUGGAGCUUAGAAACAUGGCCCUAGAGCAAGUGGGUGGGCCACAGUAUCGAUAUUUUGAGUACAAUAAUAAUUUAGCACACUAGAGGGAGCACAACAAAUAGACACAAACAUGUCUGUAUAUACAUAAAAAAAUGUUCACAAACAUGACAUGCUUCUGAAUUUCCAUAGGUUGUUGCAGAUCUGCAGGGCCUGGGAUUAAGCUGACCUUUUCACCCAAUGUUGUUCCCUCCAUUUGAGGAGAGACCAUAGGAGCAUUUUAUUUGAUGCAUUUUAAAAUAUGUUUGUACGGGACUGAAUUAUUUUCUAUUUUGAUUUGCAUGAGUUGAAAGCAAGUGAAGUCCCUGAAUCUCCCUGUGUUCUAGAAAUUGUUCUAUAACCAAAUUGAACAUGUGGGAAUUGUUACUAAACUUGGCCUUCAAAAUAAGGAGAUGGGGUGAACCCUAUAGUGUUUUUCCCACAGUGCUCGAUUCAUGGCCGGUCCUGCCUCCAUGGCUGAGAUCAAUGAUUUCUGCAUUUGCAAUGCUUUGCUAAAGGAACACAUUGAAAGGCUACUGCAUAGGCAGGGCAAAAUGCUGCGCUGCACCAAAGAUAAAACCAUCCGAUUUAAAAAUAGCAGAGUAGCAGCCACUAGAGGCAUUUAAGCCAUGCACUGUAAACAUUGCCAUUCCUGUGGAACUGCCUGCAGGAUUAAAUUACAGGGAAAUGGCACCCAGACAACUUCAUUGAGAUAAAGUGGUCUGGAUGCCUAUAGUGUCUCUUUAAAGGAACACUGUAAGCUCCAUAACAAGCUCACCUAGCUGUAUGUAUUUUAAAUUUUUUUAUAUUUUGUUUGGUACCAGGAGUGCCCUGACACUAUCCCAUGGUAAGCAGUCAAAUCAUUUUAGUACUAUUUGACAACUUACAUGGAUCCCCUGUCUGUCUGCACCACGUCCUAUCUUUUCUUGCAGGAGAGGCUGGAUGUCUGUAUAGAAUAAUACAUGGCUGAUCCAGGAUCAGACUCAUUGACUGAGAGCCCUCAGCUGACGAUCUCAAGCAAUGAGCCUGGUUUAGCAUGGCUCGGCUUAACACCCCAUCCAUCAGAUCUGGUGAGUGGAACAGCUGCUGUUAGCAGCCAAAAGCAUCAGUUUAUUAACCCCUUAAGGACACAUGACAUGUCAUGAUUCCCUUUUAUUCCAGAAGUUUGGUCCUUAAGGGGUUAAAGUUUUGUUUGUGAAUGGAGCCAUUCUGAACAAUCACCGGAGUCAAUGAUUGUGUACAGCGAUGGCCUGUGCUCUGUCAGAAGGGAAGAAUGUGUGCAUGGAUGGCAUACACUUGCCCAGUGUGCACAUGCAGUAUGUUUAGGAGCACAGGGACAGGACCACUUUGCACUGUAACCUAAGCAAUGAGCACAGGUUGUAAUAUUGUAUUUUAAUAUGUGAACACAGCUGAAUAGAACUACAUUUGCCAUUUUAUCAAAUGAUGCAUUCAGAAAAGUGGAAGCAUACUCCCAACAGCAGUUGAGGCACACCUUAGUUAAGUAUACCAAAAAACUCAAUACAUUAUUGUAUAAGCAUGUAAGUGGACAUCUGGGAUCUUCAGAAAGUCACAGUUCCACUUUAUUCUUAAAAUUGGCUCACACCAAGCUUUAAUUAAAGCUCUUUGUGUUGUUUAAGUUAUCUAAGCCAGUGCUCAGCAUUUCCAUUUUCCCACUUGCCAUUGGCAAGUGAAAAUUCAGUCCUGCACGUUGAUAUUGACCCAUAGUGAGUGUUCCAUAGACUCCCUAGGUUUGCACUGGUGAGUAACAUUUAGGCCUGUUUAGUAGUGUAGCAUUGAUCAGAGGUAUUUGGUAUAAUUUUAUUUAUUUAUAAAAUAUUUAUUUAUUCUUUUUACAACAACCAUUUAAUUUUAUUUUGCUUUAAAACAGAUGGUGAAGAGAAGACAUAUGGCGGCUGUGAGGGCCCUGAUGCAAUGUAUGUGAAACUGAUCUCAUCUGAUGGCCAUGAGUUCAUUGUUAAAAGGGAACAUGCUCUAACUUCUGGAACAAUCAAAGCUAUGUUAAGUGGUCCAGGUAGGUGCAAAGCUUGAGGGAGAAUAAAGUAUUCUUAUAACAUGUAGUUCUGUUUGUCCUUUGCCUCUCAUUGGGGUAUUGAAAGCACAUUAUUAGGGCUAGUUUAGAAGUCCCCAAUUUCAUAUUGUCCCCUACAAAGACUUUAUUCAAUGAAAGCCACAUUAAAUUUGCUCAUACAAGCAUUGUAGACCAAACAGAAACAGUCUGCUUAGAAAUAGUGCAUUUGCAAUCAAGUAACAAAUAAGAAGUGCUUGUCUGACACAUUGGUUUAAUACAGUGUACAUAUAGAUCCCAAGAGAAAGCAAAGAUGAAAAUGGUGGGGGUGGGUCAGCCCUUUCAAAACUAUAGUCCAAGCAGGCUAUAAAGGAGAUACUGAUCUAACCACCAGGAUUAGUGUUCUAAGAUCCAAAGGGCGAGGCUCUCGGCAUCGAAUUUGGAUCCAAAGAAUGCGCCUCGUUGGAUUCAGUAACACCCGAGGUGCGAUACUCGUCAGAUUCUAUUUAAAAAAAAAAAAAAAAAACUAUUGCAUCUAUACCACAGGUAUACCUGAAUAAAGUAUGAGUGGAGGCCACACACCGUUCCAAAGAACAGAUCUCAAGUAAAACUCCUGUAGAAGAAUACCCACUAUUGACCAGGUCAACAAGGGAGAGAAAGGAUAAAGAUCACAAAAGGAUACCUUUAUGAUCCCAAACAUUCUCUACCAAAAUUUUCUACUGAUUGUAAAUGAAAACUGACUAAUAUUAACACCAUCAAUUUAAACUAACAUAGUAAAUACACAACCAUUUGAAUUGGGGGAGGGGGUGGCCACACAUUUUUUAUUUUUUUUCUUCUAAGAAUAAAUUCUGCCUUUUUCAACUUGCAGGAGAAAAAUGUAGUUUUUUGUUUCCUCCUGAUUUAUUUCAGUAUGAAAGAAAAGUGGAUCAACUGUACGAGAGUGAAACCAGGGACAAUGCUGUCCAAAACCUAAUCUGCUGUUUUAUUUGCUAAAGUGAGAAUUCAGAGUGAAUUUCAAAUAUACAGUCAAAAUACUUUGGCUACUCUGGCCUUAAAUUUGAAAUUCACUUUAAAUUCUCACAUUAUUAAAUAACCCUGAAAGUUUUGAACAGGUGGACUUUUCCAUUAACUGCUAAUAGCAUAGCUAGUUACCUAACCAGGGGUUGAUAUUCUCUACAUGUGUACAUUCCUCUAUGAAGCAUCCCAAUCCUGUCGGUCAGUAUUUAUUACUUGUCUCUUAUAUAUUAUACGGAUCUUGUUUAUUAUAUGUACGCUACAUGUAUAUUGGGUUAUUGAGUGAAAGCAAAAAUGCAGUAUCCUUGGUAGGCAAUCUUCACUUAUAAUUCAUUAAUGUCACAUUUAUACAAUUCAGUAGCAUUUCUAAUUUUUUACCUUCUCCAGACCAUAUAAAAGACAUUGUUUUAAUGAGGGAUUUUUAGAUAUUUUGUGACUUUAUGUGCAGCAGUUUGUCAUUGACAUUGAAUCAGUUUGCUGCAUUUUAUCCUUAACAACUGUGUGUUUUUACAGGUCAGUUUGCGGAAAAUGAAACCAAUGAAGUGAAUUUUCGAGAGAUCCCCUCCCAUGUACUAUCCAAAGUCUGCAUGUAUUUCACUUAUAAAGUUCGUUACACAAACAGCUCCACAGAAAUCCCUGAAUUCCCCAUUGCACCUGAAAUUGCACUGGAGCUUCUGAUGGCUGCAAACUUCCUAGACUGUUAAAUAAAGUAAAUUAUGUUAAAUUACUAUGGAUUUUUUUUUCUUUUUGUAUUUAAAAGCUCAUGUUUGGUUAGCUUUAUUAUUUUUUUUUCUUUCAUGUAGCAUGUUUGCCACCUUUUCUAAGCGAUGUGUAGUAUAUGGCAUUAUGGAGUAUCAUACCCACUGUUUGGGCGAAGCAAGCGCUUAGACAAGUAUUUUCACCUUUUGCUUGCCUUUAUUUUCACAACCUGUCCUAAAUAAACAUCUCUGACAACUCAAUGUUGACGUUUGUUUUUGGACAUUAUUAUAUGAAGAUUGUUCAUUUCUUUAAAAGAUCAUUGAUUAUUGUUUAGUUUUCAAGUUGUUAAAUUAUCUGUCCAAAAUCUUUUCUAUUUAAGGGGGUUUAGUUUUUUUUUU